AUGACCUUGAGCGAAAAUCUGGCGCACAUGCGUAGACGGAUGCUAGCUGAACAUUCGGAUGAAUUCCAUCCGUUUAUUGAGGCUCUCCUGCCUCAUGUUAAAACAUUCUCCUACAUGUGGUUUAAUCUGCAAGCUACCAAGCGGAAGUACUUCAAGAAGCAUGAAAAACGUAUGUCUGUGGAAGAGGAGAGGAGGUGUAAGGAAGACCUGCACAAUGAAAGAUCAGAGGUGAAACAGAAGUGGGCGUCCCGCCUGCUAGGGAAGGUAAGGAAAGACAUAGCACAAGAGUGUCGGGAAGACUUCGUUCUCUGUAUCACUGGGAAGAAGUGGCCCACGUGCGUGCUGAGUAAUCCAGACCAGAAGGGCAAAAUGCGACGAAUUGAUUGUCUCAGACAAGCCGAUAAGACAAGAAACAAAAUUGCUAAAAUAGAAGCAGAAAAGCGUUAUGAUAUUCACUAUCAGAAACAAAAACAACAACUAGUGUGGCGGCUGGAUUUGGUGAUGGUUAUCCUCUUCAAAGCUAUUCCUCUGGAAAGCACGGAUGGAGAGCGGCUGGAGAAGUCGCCAGAGUGUCUCCAUCCUAGCCUUUGUGUCAACCCGUUCCACAGUAACGUGUCCGUCCGAGAACUUGACCUCUACCUGGCCAACUUCAUAUUCAGUCAAGAAUCCCUGCGGGGCUACAGUGAACCAGGACGUGAAAAUGAAAAAGAUGAAGAAAGAG